UUUGAAUUUCAGGGUGAUUCAUCUGGAAGCUCCCAUGAUUCAGUCCAGUCAAGGAGAGUGGUCAUUUCUCACAACAUGGAUAAAGCACUGAAAGAAGUGUUUGACUACAGCUAUAGAGAUUACAUCCUGUCCUGGUAUGGACAACUCAGCAGAGAUGAAGGCCAGCUGUACCAGCUGCUAUCUGAAGACUUCUGGGAGAUUGCCAAGCAGCUGCGACAGAGGCUGAGUCACAUUGAUGUAGUUAAAGUUGUCUGCAAUGAUGUAGUGAAAGCUUUACUCUCGCACUUCUGUGACCUUAAAGGAGCCAAUGCCAGGCAGGAAGAUCCACUGAGACCUUUUUUGCUGCAUCCAUGCUUGAGGAGCUCUGAUGAAGAAGUAAGAUUCCUGCAAAAAUGUUCUCAAAUUCUGGUGUAUUGUCUCCUGCCCUCAAAGGAUGUCCAGUCUGUCAGCUUGCGCAUAGUCCUUGCAGAAGUACUUGCGACAAAAGUACUGAAACCAGUGGUGGAACUGCUGAGUGAUCCAGAUUAUAUUAACCGAAUGCUACUCAGCCAGCUGGAGUACAGAGAACAGAUGAAUGAGCAUCAGAAGAAAGACUACACAUAUGCUCCUUCCUAUGAGGAGUUCAUCAAGCUCAUUAACAGCAGCUCCGAUGUUGAGUUCCUGAAACAACUGAGGUAUCAGAUUGUAGUGGAAAUAGUUCAGGCAACUACAAUCAGCAAUAUUCCCCAAGUGAAGAGGCAGAAAGAUUCAAAAGGAAAAGAAACUGCGGCGAUGAAAGCUGACCUACUGAGGGCUCGCAAUGUGAAGAGGUAUAUUAAUCAGCUGACAGUGGCAAAGAAGCAAUGCGAGAAGAGAAUAAGACUCCUGGGAGGGCCUGCUUAUGAUCAGCAGGAAGAUGGCAUUUCUGAUGAAGGAGAUGGCCCUCAGAGUCAGAAGAUUCUUCAGUUUGAAGAAAUUUUGGCCAACCCUUCAUACCGAGAGCACUUCAGAAUCUACAUGGAAAGGAUGGACAAGAUGGCUUUGAUCGGUCUUUGGGAGUCCGUGGAGUGUCUGAAGAAUGCUAACAAGGCUGAAAUACCUCAACUGGUGAGUGAAAUUUAUCAGAAUUUUUUUGUGGAAAGCAGAGAAAUACCUGUGGAAAAAUCCCUUUAUAAAGAAAUACAGCAAAGUCUUGUGGGAAAUAAAGGCAUUGAAGUAUUCUACAGAAUUCAGGCAGAUGUUUACGAAACGCUAAAGGACAGAUACUACCCCUCAUUCAUUGUCAGUGAUUUAUAUGAGAGAUCAGUCAAGAAGGAAGAAGAAAGAAGUUCUGCUCAGCUAACUCCUGAGGACAAAGAUGAAGUGAACCAAGGUUGUGAAGAAGCUACUGAAGAAUGCAGCACAAGAAUUAAUGAACAGGCCAGUUAUGCUGUAAAUAAACUUCGCCAGCUAAACGACAAGCUUGAGUAUAAGAAACAGGCUCUGAAUUCCAUAUGUAAUUCACCAAAACCCGACAAAAAG